AUGCCACCUUUGGCACUUUUGAUUCCUCGCCCAAGUCCUUCUCCCACUCCUUGUGGAUGGCUCAUUGGACAUAAGGGUGGUGUUCUCGGCGGGUUCCCAAGCAUCCCUGGGUUUGAAGACGCUGUCGACGGAUACCUCGCUCAGAUCACGUCCAGCUCAGGUGAUGUGGGCUUCGCAAUUCCCGCAUACCUUGCAUCACGCCCACUGCCGGAUCACUGGGACCACGUUCAAAACAUGAGCCUGAAAUUCGAGGGAUUCCGAUACCAAACCGUUCAGGUCCAUUCCGUCCCGGUCUCGUACCUCUUCAUCACCUUCUCAGUCCAAAGCUUCGGAGUACCUCCUCCUUGUUACUGCGAGGACGAGCCGUUUGCCCCUCUGGGAAAUUUCAAACCCGUGACCGCUGAUGAUAGUCCUGUUCCAAAAAAUGGAAAGCAUAAGUGGGCGCAGCUGGAUCUUCCCGACUAUUGGCGUUUCCUGGCUGCAGCGCAGAUUUCGGCUUUUGGACUGAGCGAGCAGAGGUUCCACGAGAUUGCACGGCCAUACGCCAGCCCGAGUCAUAUCCAGAGCACAUCCACUGGUGGGACCAUAUAUUCUUCGGUGAGGUUGUGGUACACAACCUCGCUGGUGGAAACCCAGAUCACUCUGGACGGUGUGAAUGCAACUCUCGAUGCCACGGGUGAGGAAUCGGCCAAGGCUGCUGUAAGGGAUAUAUGCGGCCACAAUGUCUUGAGCGCAAGUGCACGAUUACGCAUCGCCAUUCAUCGGAGCUCUGUCGUAUUCACGUGGAACAUGUUCGAGAAGGCCGAGACGAACCCGCCCGAGAUCAGGAUUGAGGCAAUUUUCGUCCCAACUCUAGGUGAUAUCGACGUGGAGUUCAGCACACCAUUCGACCCGCCGCCACCGUUGAAUGAAAUCAAGAAGUAG